ACCAGUUCCAAGGAAGUUGAGGAGGAAGAGUUACUACACAAUGCCUCAUGCUUAUAAUACACAUUUGCUUUUAGGAUAGAAAGGCUAUUCUUCAGAUCUCAAUGGUCAUGCACAACAUGAGUAGCUACAACACUGGCCCUUUCACCCUCUCAGGCAUCCCUGGACUUGAGCAGUACCAUGUCUGGAUCAGCAUCCCUUUCUGCUUUAUCUAUUUGGUGGCCAUUGUGGGCAACGGCCUUCUUCUCUACCUCAUCGCAGUGGAAAACAGUCUUCAUUCCCCCAUGUUCUUCUUCCUUUCCAUGUUGGCCACGACUGACCUCAUAUUGUCUACAACCUGUGUCCCCAAGACCCUUAGCAUCUUCUGGUUUGGUCCUCAGGAAAUCAGUUUUCCUGGCUGUCUGACCCAGUUAUUCUUUCUGCAUUACAGCUUUGUCUUGGACUCAGCUAUCUUGCUGGCCAUGGCAUUUGACCGCUAUGUGGCCAUCUGCUCACCCUUGAGAUAUACCACUAUUCUCACGCCCAAAGCUGUUGUCAAAAUUGCUGUAGGAAUUUCUUUCCGAAGUUUCUGUGUUUUUGUCCCAUGUGUUUUUCUUGUGAAUCGCCUACCCUUCUGCAGGACACACGUCAUUGCCCAUACCUACUGUGAACACAUUGGUGUUGCCCGGCUGGCAUGUGCAGAUAUCUCCAUCAACAUCUGGUAUGGAUUUUGUGUUCCUAUCAUGACAGUGAUUACAGAUGUGGUCCUCAUUGCCAUCUCCUACACUCUCAUCCUAUGUGCUGUUUUUCGUCUUCCCUCCCGAGAUGCACGCCAGAAGGCCCUGGGCACCUGUGGUUCUCAUGUUUGUGUCAUUCUCAUGUUCUAUAUACCGGCAUUCUUCUCCAUCCUUGCUCAUCGAUUUGGACACAAUGUCCCUCGUACUUUCCACAUUAUGUUUGCCAACCUGUAUGUAAUUAUCCCACCUGCACUCAACCCUGUUGUCUACGGAGUGAAGACCAAGCAGAUACGGGAUAAAGCUAUUCUUCUGCUCUUUCCCAAAUGGUCCCAGUGA